AUGCUACAAUGUGUUCAUUAUAAAACUAUUGAUCUUGAUGAGAUAUCAGAUAAGUUGAUAGAAAAGUACUCUAAUUGCAAUUAUUACUGUCUCUCUUGUGGAUUAAAAUCCAGUAGAGCUAAUAGUAUCUCUAUCGCUACAGCAAGAAGAAAUGCAGAUUAAAGUCAUAUACAAUCAGAUAAUGUUUUAGUAAAUUCGAAGGUUGAUGACUCUUACACUCCAACAAAAGUCACUAAGAAGGCUAGUCUGAAAAAUAGACAAAAUCUCCAAAAUUAACAUCUUAACGUAUGCCUAGAAUGCUUGGAUUGCUUUUGCAACAAGAAAAAUCAUAUAAAAAUUCAUUAAAGCUCAGGAGAUGGACACAAUUUAGCAGUUGAGUUGACGAAUCUGACUGUUUACUGCGGAUUAUGCAAUGUGACUUUGUAAUCGUAACUGUAGUUGCAUCAGGAUCUGACAGACUAGUAGAAAUAUGAGGAGUAGUAAUUCCUCAAUUAAAGCAUAAUCUAAUUCAUUUAGAGUAUUAAAAAAAUUUUCAUGACAAUUGAAGAUAGCUAGACAAUUGUCAAGAAUGAGUAUUACUUGGACGAGAAAAAUAGAGUAGCAAUUCCAAAGAGGGGAAUCAUGGUGAAUAAGUAAAACGAUUAUAUGAUUUCAAGUUUUCAUUAAUACAAGGACAAAGCUGAGGACAAAUAGCUAUUUUCUAUUGCAUAUGAUUAAUCUAGUAAGAAAUCCUAUACAAGUAAUCUAAAGAGAGUAACUAUUAGGGAAAGUGAAUCCCAAAUAUUUCAUAUUGGUGCUGGCUUCAGUGAUAUAAAUUCAAGAGUAAGUGAAGAUGAACGAGCUUUAGAGCUGAUGUCAGAAGAUUAAAUUUAAUCAAGAAUUUUAUGCUACAAAGGCCUUUAAAAUCUAGGAAAUAGCUGCUUCUUCAAUUCAAUCAUGUAGUGUCUUAAUUCGUCUCGUAGCUUAGUUUUGACCUAUGUCGUUCCAAGAGACAAUGAGUUUUUAUUUAAGGACAAAAAUUCAAUAAAUGCAGUGCUUAGGAAAUUCUUUUAUGGAAUUAGAUCGCAAAAAGGAGUAUAUAGUCCCUAAGAACUGUAUACUAGUAUUAGUUCCAAAAAUUCUAGAUUUAAGGGCUUUCAGCAAUAAGAUGCACAUGAGCUACUAAUUAGUUUAUUAGACAAUCUAGUCACUGAGCAUGACGUCAUAGUAAAACGUUCAAGAGAAGACAAGCUUAGAGGAUUUUAAAGAAGCCUGAUUGAAGAAGUUUUCGGGUGCUAUUUCAUUAAUACUGCAAAGCGGGAGGACUACCCCUUAACAUUAAAUCCAAUAAAAUUCUUUUAAUAAGCUCAUCAAACGAGCAUUUUGCUCUUGAAGCUAUAAUCCUAGAACACCACAAAAUCAAUUAUCAAGUUAAAUUAAUCAAGUUUUGGAUUCAAAGAUUAGGCUGGACCUCAGGAUGCUGGGUAAGACUAAACCAAGUUAGAAACACCAAAAUUAGGUAAUCAGACCUCAGAAAAACAAUCAUCUAAUUAGCUUCAAAUACUUGGAAAUCAAGUUAAUAACACCAAUGAGAUUAAUAGCUCUUUGCCUAUCGUAACUAUCAGCUAAAUCCCUGCAUAAUAAAAUGACGAAAACCUUCAUACCUAAGUAAAUGAGAAUACAUCUGGAUAGAUGAACAAUUCAGAGAAAGUUAGCAUUAAUGAAAAUUUUAACUAUUUCAAAAUUGAUCCUAAAAAGCGUUUUAUAAGGAUGCCUUUAAUGGAUAAAAUACCAUUUUUUGAAGAAGCAGACUAGUUUCUAUACUUUGAACCUUAAGCUAUACCAGAACCUGAUGACGAUACUCUUGAAGGAUGUCUGGCUUAUUUGUGUCGAAUCGAAAAGUUUCUCGAUAAGACAAAUCUAUUUUAUUGUGAAUCUUGCACUAGGGAUAAGUACCCUGAUGCAAUGAAAAAGAGAUACAGGACACCAGCCAUAAGGCGGUCUCUAAUGAUUGAUCCUCCUAAUAAUCUUGUGAUAAGUCUUAAAAGAUUCAGCCAGACAGGAUUUUCACUAAGUAAAAACACUAAGAAAGUUUCUUUUCCUAUCCUAUUGAAUAUGGACAACUAUAUAAUUCACAGAAUAAAUAAAGACGAUGAUGAAAAGAUUUCAUUUUAUGAAAAUGCAAGCCUUGACGAUAAAUGGGAAGCUCGCUAUUAGUAUAGACUUUACGCAGUUGUGAGCCACACUGGAGGAUUAGCUGGUGGUCACUACAUAGCUUAUACAAGCUAUGAAUACAGGAAUGAAAAUAUGUGGUUCUAUUUUUCAGAUACAUUCGUAGAUAGAGUUAGUGAAUAGGAUGUGCUGAAGUGUGAACCGUAUAUACUAUUUUACAAAAGGAUCGAUUGA